CUCUUUGAUUGUCAUGUAUGUCAUCUGCAAAGUACAGAGCAUAACAUAACCUAAAAACUAUGUUAUGCAGUAGAAAUUUAAAUGUUUUACACACAAAUUAUAAGAAAACCAUAACAAAAUGGGUUCCAAUUGGACUCGUGCGAAUGAAGAGUUCCGCUGAACCAAAAACGAAAACAUACUCUUAUACAAUUCUCUUCCCAAAAACAGACUUUCCUGCGCGAUCUAAUAGUGCGAGAAAAGAUAAGAUUCAAAAGGCCGCGAAGUUUUCUGAUCUGUACAACUGGCAGAGGGAACAUCUGAAAGGGCCAGAGUUUGUGCUGCACGACGGCCCGCCGUAUGCUAACGGAGACUUGCACAUGGGACAUGCUGUUAAUAAGAUAAUCAAAGACAUAACCAACCGCCACCAAGUCCUCCUUGGCAACAGGGUCCACUACGUCCCCGGCUGGGACUGCCAUGGCCUGCCCAUUGAGCUCAAAGCCCUCCAACAAACCAAAAAGACAAAAAAAACAGCGCAAUCUACUGUUGAAACACAAAAGCAAGAGACAAUGCCAUCUAGUGCAGUUGAAAUACGUCAAGUGGCAAGGAAGUUUGCGUUGGAAACUAUAGAGAGACAGAAGGCACAGUUUGAAAGCUGGGGAGUUAUGGCUGACUGGGCCGGGCAGUGUUACAGGACCCUGGAUAGCGGCUACGUGAAGAGUCAGCUAGAGCUGUUCUACGAGAUGUACGAGAAGGGGCUCAUCUUUAGGGCUCUGAAGCCCGUUUAUUGGUCGCCAUCUUCCAAAACAGCACUAGCGGAAGCCGAGCUGGAGUACGACCCUCAGUUCAAGAGCACAGAAGUGUACGUCAGUUUCCCUCUCGACACCGUGCCUGACAACAUCAGAGAUGCUGUGAACGGCGAAAGCGUCUCUGCGAUAAUCUGGACGACGACCCCUUGGACGCUGGUGGCCAACCGCGCCAUCUGCUUCAGCGCACAACUCACGUACAGCGUCGUGAGGAUAGAGGGGCUCGGCGGGCUGUUCCUCGUGGCCGCCGAGCUGGCCGAGCGGCUGCAGAAGACGCUGGAACGAGGGGUGCAGAAGAUUGCAGAGGUUGAAGGUGCUGUGCUCACAGGCGCGCGCUACCACCACAAGAUACUGAACCGAUCCUUCCCCCUCCUCGCCGCGAGCCACGUGUCAGCCUCCAAAGGCACGGGGCUAGUACAUACUGCCCCCGCACACGGCCCUGACGACUUCCUAGUGGGGUUAGAACACAAUAUACCAGUGGAAUGCAACGUGGACGAAUCAGGGCUGUAUUGCAACCUCGGCUCUCUGAACGGCCUCUUCGUGCUCGGCCGCGGGCAGGAGGCCGUCAUCUCUCUCCUCGGCGACCAGGUGUUAAGGCGAGGUGUCCACACGCACUCGUACCCGCUGGACUGGCGGACUAAGAAGCCUGUCAUAUUGAGGGCCAGCCACCAAUGGUUUAUUAACACCGAGGCGUUGAAGAAGAAAGCUUUAGAAGCAUUGGAGGGCGUCCAAAUUCUUCCCUCCUCCACCGCCCAGCAGUCCCGGCAAGGAUUCCGGGCUCGGAUAGACUCGCGGCCCUACUGGUGCGUGUCGCGGCAGCGCGCCUGGGGCGUGCCCGUACCCGCCCUGUACCAUCACGGGAAGCCUAUACUCCACAGGCGUGUCAUCGACCGGGUGUGCCAUCUUCUGGAGCGUGGGCCCGACGUGUGGUGGACGGCGCCGGUGGCUGACCUGCUGCCACCAGACCUGGCCGAGGAGCUCGGUGUGGACGUCGAACAAGUCACCAAAGGAGAGGACAUAAUGGACAUCUGGCUGGACUCGGGGUCAUCGUGGCGGACUCUCCCGGCCUCCCCGGCCUCUCCGGCCUCCCUGUACAGCGAGGGCGUGGACCAGCUGACGGGAUGGUUCCAGAGCUCGCUGCUGACGAGCGCAGCCAUCACCGGCCGCGCCCCAUACAAAUGCAUCUUCGUGCACGGGUUCGUGGUGGACGCGGAGAAGCGCAAGAUGUCUAAAUCUCUUGGAAAUGUGAUCGCGCCAGAACAGAUCAUAAACGGAGGCGGCAAGCAACCCGCGUACGGCAUCGACACGUUGAGAUGGUGGGUGGCCAGCCACGGCACACAGCACACACAAAUCAUCGUCAGUAAGAAACUGCUCGACGACUGCCAGUCAGAGGUCAUCAGGAUUCGCGCCAUUAUGAAAUAUCUAUUAGGGGUCAUUGACCUUCCCCCACUCAACCCCCCACCAUUGAACUACUUCGACCAAUACAUGGUCGCAGAAACGUAUAAGUUUUUAAAGGAUGUACACGAAAAUAUGAAAGAGUUGAGAUAUAACAGUUCAGUUCAAAAUAUCCUCUAUUUUAUUAGUAAUAAGGUGUCAGCUUUAUAUUGUCAUUGCGUUAAAGAUAGAUUAUAUUGUGCUCCUAAAGAGUCAGAAGGGAGGAUAGGGGCACAGUUAGUUGCUCACACGAUUCUAGUCUCUCUGUGUAAGGCGAUAGCACCUAUUUUGCCGCAUUUAAUAGAAGAGGUAUGGAAAUAUCAUCCUUUAUAUGAAAAACCUUUCUUUUUCACUCAAAAUAUACCUGUUUUAGAGAAUCAAAGCGUAGACACAACGAAAAUGGAUUUAAUUUUAGAAUUAAAGAAAGAUAUUACAGCUUUAACUCAAAACGAAAAUUUAAAGAAAUUCUCUGUUGAUGUAAAAUUAAGUCCUACAUUAUAUUCCAUAUUGAAUGAUUUAAAUUGUUUAGAUGAAACUAAUGAAAGUGUGUUAAAUGAGAUUUUAGAAGUGUCAGAAGUGUGUCUGAGUGUCGAGAGUGUCGAGAGAUGGGUGGUGAGUGUCGGCGAGAGCGGCCGAGAGCAGUGUCUGCGGUGUCGCAAGUAUAACGCGCAGGAAAAUUGUGAUAAGUGCUUGAGAUGUCAACUUGCUAUGGCGUCGGUGUAGAAACUAAAAGGUAAUUUAU